AUGGCACCGACACGCCGUCCAAAUGAUGGCCUCUUGGCCCGUGUGAAUUUCCCUUUGUACGCGGUGGAAAUGCUAACGAGUCGUCAUGUCUUGGUAGCCGGUGGCGGAGGCUCGAGUAAAACGGGCGUUGCAAAUGGUUUCGAAAUAUACGAAAUAUAUCACAAUGGGUCACGAUUCGUCGCCGAAGAAGUGAUUCGUCAUGAAACUGGUCCAAGUGUUGUUAUGAAUUUCGCUGUAAAAAAUGAUGGACGUCGUUCAUUUAUUGUGGCCGGACAGGAGGCCCACUGCCAACUAUACUAUGUAAAUCCUAGAGUAGUAUCUAUGACUGAUGGGGAGGAGGCUGGUGAGAAAAAAACGACCGGCCGAACAGUGAGAUUAUCAGAAAAUGGUAUUCGUCGUCGACACAAUAGUGUGAAUAAUCCAUCGGGGGUGGAAGAGGUCAAAGCCAACGGAGUAGCUGGUGACCAUAACGAUGUUAAUGCCAAUUUAAAACGAAUUGAAUUCGAUAUUAAGCCCGGAGACUCGAUACAAACGGAUUUCCUAACAAAUGAGCCCAUUCAGAGGGUUGUUCGAAUUAGUCCUGAUGGAAAGUUGAUGGCAACGGGUGGAACUGAUGGAUAUAUAAGAAUUUGGUCGUUUCCGAAAAUGGGAAAAAGUUCAGAGAUUGAAGCUCAUUCAAAAGAACUCGAUGACAUAGAUUUCAGCCCGGACUCAAAACAUUUAGUUUCAAUAGCAAAAGAUGGUCAAGGCAUUGUUUGGGAUGUAAAAUCACAACAGAAACUUUUCCAAUUAUCCUGGAACCCACCGGAUGGUGCUAAAUAUCUAUUCAAAAGAUGUCGCUAUGCAGUCUCAGAAGGCAAACAAAACAAAUCCCGACUGUUUACAAUAUCAAACCCGUUGGGUAAAGUUGGGAAACAGCGUGGUUACUUGCAACAAUGGAAUUGUGAAGACGGGCGUUUAAUAAAUUGCGUUGGAAUCGAUGAGAGCCUUUCGUCGAUGACAGUGCGCGAUGAUGGACGUUUUAUAGCAGUCGGGACCAUGUUCACCGGAUCUGUCUCGAUUUAUAUUGCAUUUAGUUUACAGCGAGUUCUCCACAUUCCUAAUGCUCAUUCGAUGUUUGUUACCGGUUUGGUAUUUUUGCCAAUCACAAAUCAAGAGGGCCCACCAAUCUCAAGUAGUUCAGAAGCAGCUGUUUUAUCUAUUUCUGUUGACAACAGAGUCUGCAUUCAUAGUCUCCAAUAUAGACAUACCCUACCGGCCUGGGUGGCGAUCGUUCUUAUAAUUGUGAUUUUAUUUUUGGCGUUCAUGUUGUGCUCAUAUCUGGGAAUAUGAACGCAUGAAUGAACGAAAUAUAAGUGUAAAUAAAAUAUAUGGAGAGGAAGAAUCGAUUAGAAAGUGCUAUAAAACGAAACAGACGUUAAGACUUGGCCUUUGGUCAUUGUUGUCCGAAUAUGUACCAUCACGAUAACCAAACACAAAAACAGACAUUAAAUAUCUAUUUUUAUUCUCACCAAGUUCUCGUUCUACCCAAUACUUUCUUAAACUAAGGUGAAACAGUACAUUGUAAGUGAAUCACGGACUUCAGUUCUUUAUUUUUGUCUAAGUUAUUAGUACCUUGAACUUGUCAUGCAUUUUACAUGAAACAAAAAUAUAAUUAGUGUAAAGCGAAAGUUUAUGUACGUACGUUGUCUACGAUUUUGUUUUCUGACUUGUACUUUGAUUCAUUAGGAAAAGUUUAAAUCGGCAUUAAAGAAAAUAAAAAUAUUGCGGCGAACGAA